CUCUCGGCGGUGGUGGCCCUCUAUGUGCAGGGCGCGGGGAGCAGCGAGUGGAAGGAGUUUGGACGCACCGAGGUGAUCGACAACACCCUGAACCCCGACUUUGUCCGCAAGUUCGUUCUUGACUACUACUUUGAGGAGAAGCAAAACCUCCGCUUUGAUGUCUACAACGUGGACUCCAAGACCUGCUCUGCUUUAAAGCAGAAGGACCUCCUGGGGCAGGCGUUUGUGGCGCUGGGAGAGGUGAUUGGAUCCCAGCGAGGCCGCUUGGAGAGACCCCUCACGGGGGUCCCAGGGAAGCGGUGUGGGACCAUCCUGCUGCUGGCUGAGGAACUGAGCAACUGUCGGGACAUCAUCACGAUGCAGCUGUGUGCCAACAAGCUGGACAAGAAGGACUUCUUUGGAAAAUCUGACCCCUUCCUCGUCUUCUACCGCAGCAAUGAGGACGGCACCUUCACCAUCUGCCAUAAGACAGAGGUGGUGAAGAACACACUCAACCCGGUGUGGCAGCCCUUCACCAUCCCUGUGCGCACCCUCUGCAACGGCGACUACGACCGGACGGUGAAGAUAGAUGUGUACGACUGGGACCGAGAUGGGAGCCACGACUUCAUCGGGGAAUUUGCCACCAGCUACCGGGAGCUCUCUCGAGCACAGAGUCAGUUCACAGUGUAUGAGGUAGGGUGCUGGAAAUGCAAGAAGAAGAAAUAUGUGAAUUCUGGCACUGUCACACUGCUCUCCUUCUCCGUCGAGUCUGAGUUCACCUUCGUUGACUACAUCCGGGGCGGGACACAGCUGAAUUUCACCGUUGCCAUUGACUUCACUGCCUCCAACGGGUUGCCAUCGCAGCCUACCUCACUGCACUACGUGAGCCCCUACCAGCUGAGCGCCUAUGCCCUGGCACUGAAGGCAGUGGGGGAGAUCAUCCAGGACUACGACAGUGACAAGCUCUUCCCCGCCUACGGCUUCGGUGCCAAAGUCCCACCGGAUGGCAAGAUCUCCCACCAGUUCCCCCUGAACAACAAUGUGGAGAACCCCAGCUGUGCUGGCAUCGAGGGUGUGCUGGAGUCCUACCUCCAGAGCCUGCGCACCGUCCAGCUCUAUGGUCCUACCAACUUUGCCCCCAUCAUCAACCAGGUGGCUGGGACAGCCGCCCAGGUGACCGACGGCUCGCAGUACCAUGUCCUCCUCAUCAUCACCGACGGUGUCAUCUCUGACAUGCUGCAGACCAAGGAAGCCAUUGUCACUGCUUCUUCCCUGCCCAUGUCCAUCAUCAUUGUGGGAGUGGGUCCGGCUGAGUUUGAGGCCAUGGAGGAACUGGAUGGUGACGAGGUACGGUUGUCGUCCCGGGGACGGUACGCCGAGAGGGACAUUGUACAGUUUGUGCCAUUUCGGGACUACGUGGACGACUCGGGCAACCAGGUGCUGAGCAUGGCCCGCCUGGCCAAGGAUGUGCUGGCUGAGAUCCCUGAGCAGCUGCUCUCCUACAUGAAGACCCGUGACAUCAAGCCUCGCCGGGCGGACCCUGAGUAG